AGACCAUAUCCUGCUUAGGUCCAAUGAUCCUCAGUCACACAAUUCCUGGGAGACCCUCUGCACCCUUGUCUACAAAGGUCUCCCUGACACUCAGGUUCUCACAGCUCAGAGGCCCUGAGCUUGUGGCAUUUGUUUUAUCUUGAUCUCCCUCUCUCUGACAAAACGAUUCCAGAUGAUGUGGAAUUCGUUGAAGAUACUAACCAGAAGAUGGCAGUCCUGGAAGUAAUUUUAGCUGUCAUCCUGAGUCUGCUGGGCCUUGCUAUCCUGGCUAUCCUGAUAGCAAGAUGGACACGUCGUAGGCAAAAUGCGGUACAGGUCUCCAGAUACGCUUCAGAACAAAGUGCCGGGCUCCUGGAUUACGAGGAUGGUGUUUGCUGCACGAAACAGAAGAAAGUAAAAGGAGAAGUGGCCAAAGGAGUCCUCACACCAUCUGCUAUUUGUCUGGGAAUACCAUCAGCCACCUCCCUGAGGGUACAGUCAGCCAACUCCCUGGGACCGUGCCGAUCCAAUCCUGUUGUAAACCAAGACUCAGCAUGCAGAACAAAAAACGGCAAAUCCACCCGAGAACCUAUGUCUGCCAACUCAGGACACAUUAGUGGAACCAUUGGACCUAUCAUGCAAUUCUCCGCACCCAUCCCUGGAGCUACAGGACCUAUCAAGCUGUCUCAAAGAACCAUUGUGCAAACUCCUGGCCCUAUUGUGCAAUUUACGGGAUCUAGCAGUGAACCUUCAGAGGCCUGCUGUCCGGCCGUGGAGUCCAACUGUGGAAUGCCAUCUCAGGCGAUAAGUGGACCAAAUCCAGUUUCCUUCAGUGGUUCGCAGGCAGCCAUGGUGCACAACUGCCCGUCUUCAACGCCCAUCCUACUUUCACAGAAAACUAUAAUAAGACCUGGACCAUCUAUGAUACAGAGACAAGACCAAGGUUGCAUCGACGGAGGAGGCCCCCAAACAACAGAUUCCAGAGCCCAGAUGGUAAAACAUGGAGGCACAAUGUGCCCAGAUGGAAGCAGGGAGUCGAUAAGAAGGAAAAUGGUGUUCGGUUCUAAGGAGUCCUAUACAGCGCUGCAAAAAAAGGACGCCAGGCGAAACAGGGGCCGGCGCGAUAAAUGUGAGCUAGUGGUUCCCAGGAGGCUCGAGUCCCUCUGCCGGCACAGCUCCGAAAUGCUCGAGUUCGAAGUCUGCCAUCCUAAGAGGCGCGAUCCCCAUUUGAUCAAUCAGAUAGGAGCCGCGAGGAGACAAGAGUGUCAGCCAACGAGGCACGACCAGGGGCUUCCAAAAAGACAGGAAUCUCAAGUGAGGUUUGACACAGGAUGUGAACCUGUAGCUGAAGCCAUAUGGUGUGAUCCGCCACCAGUGGUUUGCAAAAGACGGGACUCCCCCAGGAGGAAUGACGAAGGUAUACUGAAGAGACCGGAAUCGAGCACACGAAGGCCUGAGGACUGCCCCCCGGCCCCACAGGAAUACCAAGAACGGGGCAGCACCCGUGAGAAGAAGUAUUCGGAGGCACCACCACCGGCCUCAGCAGAGCCGCCUCCCCCUGACAUGUGAUCUUCAGGGGCAAGCUGUGCCUUGGCCCUCACCAGGGUGGGUCAUGGUUACAAAAUCCAUUUCCUCUGGACAUCUUCAUUUUCUGCUAUCCAGAAGUUUGCCGUUAUUAGACUUGCCUGUCACAAACUACAUCUUCCAAAUUUUGCUCUGUAAUUCAAUACGUAUAUAUACUCCAAUGAAGAAAGACGGCAUUCUCUGAAAUAAAAUGUCUUUAUUGGAUAUCUAA